AGGCUGUGCUUAGCACCUUUUGUAGUGUAUCUCUGACUCUUGUUUAAAAAAUUCUCUUUGUUCCUAUCUGUCGCUCAUUUUAUCUCUUUGCUCCCAUCUCUGUCUCUUUUUUUUAUUUGUUCUCUCCCUUCCUGAAUGGUUUUUAUUUGCUUUCUUUUCCCCCUUGGCAGCAGGGUAACCUUCCCUACGGAAAUCAUAUCUGCAUAUUCGACUGUGAAGCAGUAAAGAUUCUAUUGUACAUUGAAAGUUUCCAGUAUUUCUUGUUUCUAUUUUCCAGCAUCCACGGGUCUGCGAGUGGCACUUUGAGGAUAACCAUCCGUUCUGUUGGCUGUAGUGGCUGACCUGAUGUAUCCGGAAUCAACCACAGACUCACCGGCUCGACUAUCUCUAAGGCACACAGGCUCACCGGGUAUGAUUUACAGUGCCCGAUACGGGAGUCCCAAACGGCAGUUGCAGUUUUACAGGAACCUUGGAAAAUCAGGUCUCAGAGUGUCCUGUCUUGGACUAGGAACAUGGGUUACCUUUGGAGGGCAGAUCACUGAUGAGAUGGCUGAACAGCUGAUGACACUGGCCUAUGAGAAUGGAAUAAACCUCUUCGACACAGCUGAAGUAUAUGCUGCUGGCAAGGCAGAAAUCGUAUUGGGGAACAUUAUCAAGAAGAAAGGAUGGAGACGUUCAAGUCUUGUCAUCACAACCAAAAUCUUCUGGGGUGGAAAGGCGGAGACUGAGAGAGGACUCUCCAGAAAGCAUAUUAUAGAAGGACUGAAAGCCUCCCUUGAGCGGUUACAGUUGGAAUACGUGGAUGUGGUAUUUGCAAAUAGGCCAGACCCAAACACGCCCAUGGAAGAAACAGUGAGAGCAAUGACACAUGUGAUUAACCAAGGAAUGGCCAUGUACUGGGGCACCUCACGGUGGAGUGCAAUGGAAAUCAUGGAGGCUUACUCAGUGGCUCGUCAAUUUAACCUCAUCCCUCCAAUAUGCGAACAAGCUGAAUAUCACCUCUUCCAAAGAGAGAAGGUUGAAGUGCAGCUUCCAGAACUCUUCCACAAGAUCGGUGUUGGCGCGAUGACUUGGUCUCCUUUGGCAUGUGGUAUUAUUUCUGGAAAGUAUGAUGCAGGAGUUCCUCCUUACUCUAGAGCUUCCUUAAAGGGUUACCAAUGGCUGAAGGAUAAAAUUCUGACUGAAGAAGGCAGGCGACAGCAGGGAAAACUAAAGGAACUACAGGGCAUUGCAGAACGACUUAGUUGCACCCUCCCUCAGCUAGCAAUAGCCUGGUGUUUAAGAAAUGAGGGCGUUAGUUCUGUGCUAGUUGGAGCUUCCAACACUGAACAACUUUUGGAAAACAUUGGAGCAAUACAGGUUCUUCCAAAGUUAUCCUCAUCAAUUGUGCAUGAGAUUGACAGUAUCCUGGGAAACAAGCCAUUCAGCAAAAAGGACUAUCGAUCCUAAUCAGGAAUUUCAAUUAUUCUGGACUGUUAUUAUUUCAAAAGCAAUCUUCUUUGCCUGCUCAAGCUAUAACUGAAUUUAAUAUCAGUAUACUUCUGAUGAAAGAAUUAAACUUCAAGUUCCUGAUGCUACAGAAAAGGAUCAAAAAGGAAAAAAGUGAACCACAAACCAAUGCUGGCAAGACACAGUUGGUUCAGUGGACUGCCUGUUACCUUUGCUAAUUUUUUUUCUUUUCCCGGAAUUCCAAAAAUGUCACAGAUUUGAUUAGUUUGCCGUGAUGCCAUAACUUUUCUGCAUUCAUUAUUUUUUAAAGAGCUACUGCUGGAUAUCGGGUUUGGUUGAUCAAGAAUAUAAUCUACGGCACUCUGCUGGAACAGCGUUUAGCAGGUUUGACUGUAAUCUAACUGCUUCAUAGGAAACCAAAUCAACAAGGAUUGUCCACCCCCUCCAAAAAAUACGUGUGGUGGGGCUUUGAAUCUGCACACUUCUGCAUAUGUUAUGUACAUCCAACUGGUCAUGGGCACCAUGACUUCUCGGAAGGCAUCCCUGAUGCCUACAUCUAUUAAUUGUUGGAGAUGCUCAUUUUAAGAAAUAGAAUAAACUAAUAAUGUAAUAUAAUCUUGUGGCACAAUAGAAUAUUGUGGCCUGGUGACUGGCUGUAUAUAUGCAACAAUAACAAUGUGAUCAUUAUUACUGAAUCAGAUAGUUCUACUUGCCAAGAACUUGUGGAACUGUAGAUUAAAAAAUUAAGCAGUGGCUCUUGACUGAACUAUGCAUGAUCUAUUAUAAUCAGGAUCUGUGUGUAUGUAUAUGCUGCUGACUAUGUAAAUGCUAUCAAUCCAUGGGCUGUUUUGACAAAAUCAUACAAUAAAGAUAUUGGAUAGAUUGGGAAUUGGACAUUCAAAGAACUAUUGCACUUUUAUAGCAGGACUUGCACAUUCUGAGUUUAUUCCCCGCUGUUCUACACAUUCUCAACAAUUCAGAAGUAGUUUCUUUUCUUCUGCAAUCAGAUUUCUGAAUGGACAUUGAACUCAUGAACACUACCUCACUGCUUUUAUUCUUCUUUUGCACUAUUUAUUUAAACUUUUUAAAUAUGUAUACUUAAUGUAAUUUACAGUUUAUUAAAUGUAUUGCAGUUUACUACUGCCACAUAACAUCUCCCGGUGAUACUAAACCUGAGUCUGGUUCUGUCAGCCCCUUCUACCCAGAAUUAACUGCUCAACCGUCAGGUAAGCGAUUGGGACAUAAAAGCAAGGUCUGUUCAGCACAGGUGUGAAAUAUUCUGUUUGGGAAAAUUUCUCUCCUCCUCAUGGGCCAAUAAAGGAACACAAACAUUAAUUCAUUAUUUUCUCCGUGGUGUUUGGGACUGUCUCCCCACGUUUAACUCUGCCACAAUUGCCUAAAAAUAACAUAGUAUUUUUCCCCCUUCAAGGUAAAUUCACUGUAAUGAAUCGCUGAGUGUGAUCAUUUCAAGAGUAGCACAGCAGUUUGUGCAAUCAUUUUACAGAGCCAGCGAUUACUGAUCAGGGUUUGAUUCCUGUCACUGUCCGUAAGCAGUUUGUAUGUUCUUCCCAUGAUCAAAUGGGUUUCCUCCCAAAUUCCACAGGCAUCAUGUGGGAGUUAGGAUUAGUAAGUUGCUGUUGGCACCAGAAGCUUGCUGACACUUGCAGCCUAA